UUCCAAAAACCGGUUUACAUCCGUCCCCGAAAGGAGCCCUCCGCCCCGCGGCGCCGUCCGUCCAGCCAGCCCGACCCGGUUCUACAACUUAGUACCGUGACAUAACCCUAUAGUCCUCCCCACGUAGUCAUUUUGUAUACAAGACAAAUAGACAAGUACAGAAGCGAGAAGAAAACCAAUCCUUAGGAAAUUAGGCCAUGUAGGAUCUACUUUGCGGGACCCAACUCCAGGUGCUGACAGUCUUAGGUUGCUCCGCGCCCGUUGGCUCCAGAUUCACCGAAUAUUUGGAUAUUUUCUGAUAAACGUGGCGAUUGUUGGAAAGCAAACAAGGAAUACCGGGUUCAGGCCUUCAGGAUUUUGUGCCACUGACUAAGCCACUCCACAGUCAGUUGUGGUGUUGCGGUGUACACUGGUAGCUAACAGCACGGCACCAUGACGACUGACAUCAACCAACGCUGGGGGGAGUCGGUGCAACACGACAUCGAUGACUGGGACGAGAACAGCUCCGCUCGUCUCUUCGAGCGCUCCAGGAUCAAAGCCCUGGCCGAUGAGCGUGAGAUGGUCCAGAAGAAAACCUUUACCAAAUGGGUGAACUCACACUUGGCUCGCGUGAACUGCCGAAUCACAGACCUGUACACAGACCUGCGGGAUGGCCGCAUGCUACUCAAACUGCUGGAGAUACUGUCUGGAGAAAGACUGGUAAGCUCAAAAUAUUUCUAAAACUCAAUCCCUUCUAC